AUGAAGCGAACGUACAGAAAAAGAAAACUUUCCGACGACGCCGAUGAAGAUGCGGUGGAAGGCGUUAGUAAAGUGUUGGAAGAAACAAGAGAAUUACAGAAAUUCAGAGAGAGGUCAAAAGGAGUGAGUGCCGCUGGUUUGGCUUUUGGAAAGAAAAUUGAUCGUGAACAAGAAACAGAGACCGAUCCUUUUAAAAUAACCACAGGAGGUCUUAUCGAUAUGAAAAAUAUUAGAGACAGCAAGAAAGGAGAUGAAGAAGAAGUUUCUCUCGAGGGAACGUUUGCCAGUGAAACACACCAGAGAGAUGAAGAUACCCGGAUGAUGCAAUACAUUGAUGAAGAAAUGGCAAAGAGAAAGGGCAUCAAACAAGACUCGGGAGAACCUCAGAGUGCAUUUGAGGCUCGAAAAGCGGCGCUUUACACACUUCCUGAAAAUUUGAAAGUUGAAAGCAGUAAGAGAUCUGACGAAAUGUUGUCGAAUCAGAUGCUGUCUGGCAUUCCCGAAGUUGACUUAGGAAUUGAAUCGAAGUUUAGGAAUAUCGAAGAGACAGAGAUAGCAAAGCGGAAAGUUUUUGAAGAAAGUCGAAGUAAGAAGACCGAUGGUACUACGAUGCUACCAACCAACAUGGCUGCUGACUUUGUACAUCAUAAUCGCUUUUUUCAGGACAAACCAGGCAAUAUUGGGUCUGCAAGGAAAGCUGAGCAGUCAAAAUCGGAUGCUAGUCGUCCCAAGUUGACAGUCGGUUCACUCGAUGAGAGAAAUCCUUUGGCUCCUACUGUGAAAGAUGAUGCCGUUUUGAAAAUAUCCCUAACAGCUGGACCACAGAAACCAACGCGAUCAGAGAGAGCUUCUGAUGAUUAUCAUUUUGAAAAAUUUAAACGGAAGGCAAUUAAGAAAUAUUAGAAUAAAUUUGAUAUUAAUUAGACUUAAA